AUGAUCAGCAUUCGUCAAUUGACAGUCGCUCUUGGAGCGUUGCUCCCAGCAAUAUUCGCUGCGCCAACCGGGACUCAACAGUCCAAGCGCGAAGUCAUUCCCGGCAAGUACAUUAUUACUCUCAAGAGUGGUGUUACUGUCAGCGAUGUCUCAUCUCACUUGAACUGGGUCAGCGACGUCCACCGUCGUAGCCUGAGCAAGCGCGACACUGCUGGUGUCGAGAACACCUACAACAUCAGCACCUGGAAUGCAUAUGCCGGAGAGUUUGAUGAUGCGACCAUCGCAGAGAUCAAGGCCAACCCCGAGGUUGCGACCGUUGAAGAGGAUACUGUCAUGUACCUCUGGGGAGGUGAGGACAGCAAGCUCGCCGAGCGUGCACUUACAACCCAAACCGGUGCUCCUUGGGGCCUUGGAACGAUUUCUCACCGCACUUCCGGUUCUACCAGCUACAUCUACGACACCUCUGCAGGUGCCAACACUUAUGCCUACGUCGUAGACAGUGGUAUCUUGACUACACAUGCCCAGUUUGGUGGUAGAGCAACUCUAGGGUACAACGCUGUUGGAGGAUCUCACGUUGACACAUUGGGACACGGUACCCACGUUGCUGGGACCAUUGGUGGCUCGACUUACGGUGUCGCUAAGAAGACGAACCUCAUCUCGGUGAAGGUCUUCCAGGGUAACGAAGGAUCAACAUCUACUAUCCUGGCAGGUUAUAACUGGGCUGUGAACGACAUCACCUCCAAGGGUCGACAGGGUAAAUCUGCAAUCAAUUUGUCGCUUGGUGGCCCCGCUUCAUCGUCCUGGACCAGUGCUGUCAACGCAGCCUACAGCUCGGGUGUCCUCUCAGUUGUUGCUGCCGGCAAUGGUGAUGACUCCGGCAACCCCCUUCCGGUUUCUAGCCAGUCUCCUGCCAACGUUCCCAACGCUCUGACUGUCGGAGCUAUCGACUCAAGCUGGCGUCCUGCCUCUUUCACCAACUAUGGUGCCGGUGUUGAUAUUCUGGCACCCGGUGUCAGCAUUCUUUCUUCCUGGAUCGGCUCCAACUCUGCUACCAACAGCAUCAGCGGUACUUCCAUGGCGACACCUCACGUAGUAGGUCUGGCAUUGUACCUCCAAGCACUCGAAGGCUUGAGCACACCUGCUGCUGUCACUAGCCGUAUCAAGGCUUUGGGUACUUCUGGCCGCAUUACCGGUACUCUGAACGGUAGCCCCAACUUGGUUGCCUACAACGGAAAUGGUGCGUAAGCAAUCAAAACCAUUUCACGCGCCACUACUACCUUGAGGAGUUUGAGUUAGUGUGAUAGUUUGAAUUUGGAUAAGUAAAGUCAAGUUUCGGUAUUCCUAAUUCCCAGUAAAGAUGAGCUCACGAUGAGGGUAGUUUUGGGUGUAACAUGAGGGUGAAGUUGGCGAGCAACUCUUUGGAUACAUAGUUCACCAAAUCAAAGUCGGGCUCGGACUUCAAGCUAUUUGCUGAAAAUACACAACUGAUUUAUGACUUUCAAUGAAUCCCUGAUGCCUUAAACAAGGCCCACAUGAAUAUGUGAUGAUGAUGUCUUUCCAAA